UCCCCGAAACUUAUAACCAAACCUCUCUCUCAACCAUCAUCAUCUUCGUCACAUCCACAUCUCUGAUCUCCUCCUUCUUCCUAGAUCUUCCUCGUUUUCUUUUGCUUAAAAACGAGUAAACAACAUUCGAUACACAUAUAUCUAUAUGUGUAUAUAUUCAACAUAUCAAAGAAGAUAUAAUGGAAUCAGUUGAUCAGUUAUGUAGUGUUCCUCCGGGAUUCAGGUUCCAUCCAACAGAUGAAGAGCUCGUUGGUUACUAUUUGAGGAAGAAAGUGGCUUCACAAAAGAUCGAUCUUGAUGUCAUUAGAGAUAUUGAUCUUUACAGAAUCGAACCGUGGGAUUUACAAGAGAAAUGCCGAAUCGGAUAUGAGGAACGAAAUGAAUGGUAUUUCUUCAGCCACAAAGAUAAGAAAUAUCCAACGGGAACAAGGACGAACAGAGCAACCAUCGCUGGUUUCUGGAAGGCCACAGGUCGAGACAAGGCUGUUUAUGACAAGUCAAAACUAAUCGGUAUGAGGAAAACACUUGUAUUCUACAAAGGAAGAGCCCCUAAUGGCCAAAAAACUGAUUGGAUCAUGCAUGAAUACCGGCUAGAGUCAGAUGAGAAUGCACCUCCUCAGGAAGAAGGGUGGGUGGUUUGUAGAGCAUUCAAGAAAAAACCAACUACCGGGCAAGCCAAGAACACAGAAACUUGGAGAUCAAGUUACUUUUACGAAGAAUUACCGAACGGAGUUGGCUCGGCUAUGGAGCCUCUCAAUUACGUAUCUAAGCAGAAGCAAAACAUUUUUGCGCAAGAUUUAUUGUUCAAGCAAGAACUAGAAGGGUCUGAUAUCGGUUUAAAGUUCAUCCACUGCGAUCAAUUCAUUCAACUUCCGCAGCUAGAAAGCCCUUCACUCCCUAAUAUGAAGAGGCCAAUGAGCUCAACGUCAAUAACAUCAACGGAGAAGAGUCAAAAUAAGUACAAAAGACCACUACUAGAAGGUAAUGAACAUUUUGACGAGCUUAUAAGUAGUAAAAAUAAAGAUAAGAGGAAGAAAACAUCAGUAAUAACGACUGAUUGGAGAGCCCUUGAUAAAUUUGUUGCUUCUCAACUUAUGAGCCAAGAAGAUGGAGUUUUAGAUUUUGGUGGCCCCCAAGAAGACGACAAUAGCAAAAUUGGUCACUGCAAUAACGAAGAGAGCAUUUAUAACAAUGGAAUAGAUCAGAUGGCUUCAUCGUCGUUACUGAGUGAUAGAGAAGAAGAGAACAGGUUCAUCAAUGGGUUCUUGUGUACGAAUUUGGACGAUGACUUAUAUAGAGAUUUGCAUGUUUGAUAAUAUAGCAUGGUGCGUAACGUUUUCUAUAUAGGUAGAAUAAAUAGAUAUAACAUAUAUAAAGAUUUGUAAAAGCGUUUUUUCUUUCCUUUUCAUUACAUGGAUAUUAUAUGUAUUUUUCGCGAAAAAAGCCUGUUGAAGAGUGAAGAUAAAUGAUUUAUUU